AUGCAGACCGGAACGGUGAAGUCUUUCAACCCCCAUAAGGGUUGGGGCUUCGUGGAGUGCAACGGUCAAGACAGCUUCCUUCACCAGAAGGAGCUGAAGGGGCAAUGUCCAUCAGCUGGUGAUUCGGUCACCUUCAAAGUGGAGAACUCCGAGAAGGGCACCGUAGCAACAGAGGUCACAGUGCAGGCGCCCUCCUCGGACGAGGCCUUCUAUUUUGGUGAAAUCAAGCGCUUCAAUCCCGUCAAGGGAUAUGGCUUCAUCUCCUGCGAAGCUUUCCCUGAGCAAGAUGUGUUUGUCUUAAAGUCCGAGCUGCCACAAGGCUUUGGCCCUGAGGGGGGCCGGUGCAAGUUCAAGGUCGCCAAGGAGGAAAAGGGCCCAGCCGCAAAGCAGGUCCAGCUACUGGGAGCUGCUGAGCAGAUGAGAGCUUGGAUGGGUUGGGGCAAAGGAUGGGGAAAAGGCUACGGUUAUGGCAUGCCCUACAUGGGCUGA